GAGAGAGAGAGAGAGAGCUACACACUACCAGAAUAAGAGAGAGAGAGAGAGAGAGAGAGAGAUAGAGAGACACUUACAACCAGAGUAAGAGAGACUUACAAGAGAAGAGAGAGAGAGAGGGGAGAGACAUAGAGAGAGACACUUACAACCAGAGUGAGGCAGAGAGAGAGAGAGAAAGAGAGAAAGAGACACUUACAACCCAAGUGAGAGAAAGAAAGAGAGAAAGAGAGAGACACAACCCGAGAGAGAGAGAGAGAGAGAGAGAGAGAGAGAGAGAGAGAGAGAGAGAGAGAGAGAGAGAGAGAGAGAGAGAAAUGGCGCCUCGAUGCUGCGCUCACUGAGCCAGUGUUUGGAGCCGGCUAGAGAGAUCCAGUAAGGGCAGACAAAAGGAAAAAAAACAUGGUGAACACGAGGAAAAGCUCACGGCCGACCAGCGGCCCCUUCAUCUCCUCCAGGACGCGAUCGUCGUCGAGGCGCGGGAGGAGCCCUGAAGAACAUAAGGAAACCAACAGUGAUGCGAGCAGUCCCAGCAGCCCGCGGUUGGCGCCCUCUUCCAAGCGAACCCGGCGGCAGACAGCCUCUGAGCCAAGCUCCAGUGAUACCUCCCCGUCACCUCAGACGAAAAGCCAGAGGGUCAGCUGGGACAUUCCUACCUACCACACCAGGCUUUCCUCACGUAUCAUGCAGAAUGGGCACGCCCAUAUGAGUCACCGGAAUGAGGAGAGCGGAGGGGGAGAUCACUCUCGUAUGAACGGCCAUGUGGAGCUGAAGAGGAGCUGCCGGGUGAAGAAGAGCCAAUUUGAACACCUCAAUCAGAGCCUGCUGUUUGACCAGCUGGUCAACAGCACUGCUGAGGCUGUUCUCCAGGAGAUGGACAACAUCAGCAGCAUCAGGCAGAACCGAGAGGUGGAGCGACUUCGCAUGUGGACCGGAGAAACUGAGGAGGAAAACAUGGACAUGUAUUCCCGGGUGAAACGCAGGAAAUCCAUGCGCAGGAGCACGUUCAACAUGCCGGCGCACCACAAAGUCAUGAGCAAGACGGAGCAGGAGGAGGAAGAGGAGGAAGGGACGGAAGAAUCCCACGGCGAGGAAGAGGAGGAGGAUGCAGAGGAUGACGAUGAAGAUGAUGAAGGAGAUGAAGCAGAAGAAGCAGGAGAGGAAAAUGACCGACCGUACAACCUGAGGCAGCGGAAGACAGUGCAGAGAUAUGAGGCACCGCCUAUUGAGCCUGUGAACAGAAAACAGAGCAACCCGUCGCUUUUCGACACCCACAGAUCCCCAGCAAGGAGAAGCCAUAUAAGAGUGAAGAAACAUGCCAUUCACAGCAGCGACACCACCUCGUCUUCUGAUGAAGAGCGAUUCGAGCGGAGGAAAAGCAAGAGCAUGACCCGGGCAAGGAACAGAUGUUUGCCCAUGAACUUGACCGCAGAAGACCUGGCGAGUGGAGUGCUGCGUGAUCGGGUGAAAGUGGGUGCAAGCUUGGCUGAUGUGGACCCCAUGAACCUCGACAACUCAGUGAAAUUUGACAGCGUGGGCGGCCUCAGUAAUCACAUUCAGUCACUGAAGGAGAUGGUCGUGUUCCCUCUGCUUUAUCCUGAGAUCUUUGAGAAGUUUAAGAUUCAGCCUCCCAGAGGGUGUUUGUUCUACGGCCCACCGGGGACAGGAAAGACUCUGGUUGCUCGGGCGCUCGCCAAUGAGUGCAGUCAGGGAGACAGGAAGGUUUCCUUCUUCAUGAGGAAAGGAGCCGACUGCCUCAGCAAGUGGGUUGGAGAAUCAGAACGGCAGCUACGCCUGCUCUUUGACCAGGCUUACCUGAUGAGACCAUCCAUUAUUUUCUUUGAUGAAAUUGAUGGUUUGGCUCCUGUUCGCUCCAGCAGGCAAGACCAGAUUCACAGUUCUAUUGUGUCCACUCUGCUGGCCUUGAUGGAUGGCUUGGACAGUCGUGGGGAGAUAGUGGUCAUUGGUGCUACAAACAGACUUGACUCUAUCGACCCGGCACUCAGGAGGCCUGGACGCUUUGACCGGGAGUUUCUGUUCAGCCUGCCCGACAAGAAGGCCAGAAAGCACAUUUUGGAGAUUCACACACGGGACUGGAAUCCCAAAUUGGCUGAGCCAUUUGUAGAUGAACUUGCAGAAAAAUGUGUCGGCUACUGCGGUGCUGACAUCAAAGCACUUUGCACAGAGGCAGCCUUGGUGGCGUUGCGCCGCCGCUAUCCCCAGAUCUAUGGCAGCAGCGUCAAACUGAAGCUGGAUGUCACCUCCAUUGUCCUGGGGCCUGGCGACUUCAGCAAGGCAAUGAGGACUAUUGUCCCAGCCUCCCAGAGGGCUCUGGCUCCCCCGGGCCGAGCUCUGUCCCCCACCCUCAGGCCCCUGCUGGCCAGCUCUUACUCCUUGGUGCUGAAAUCUCUGCUCCGAGUCUUCCCCCAUGCUCAGUGUACUGACAGGGACAACACACACGGCGGCGACAAUCAUCUGCUUGAAGAGGACUUUUACAGCGACGAUGACAAUGAGGACGGCUCUGCUUCCAUCUACGAAGUCCAGCCUGCUGCAUCCCCAAAGAGUCACCUCUCCUCUUCUGCAAUGCACAGACCCUUUCUCCAUUUCUCCUCCUCUGCCCUGCAGCAGCCCACAGCGUACCGGCCUCGUCUGCUGCUGGCAGGGGCCCCAGGCUCAGGACAGAGCUCCCACUUGGCCCCUGCCUUGCUGCACCACCUGGACAAGCUACCAGUGCACCGCCUGGACUUGCCCACUCUCUACUCCGUCAGCGCCAAGACGCCGGAGGAGUCCUGCGCUCAGGUUUUCCGUGAGGCCCGUCGGAGCAUGCCCAGCGUGGUGUACAUGCCACAUAUCUCAGAGUGGUGGGACACAGUGAGCGACACUGUGAAGAGCACCUUCCUCACCCUGCUGCAGGAUGUGCCCUCCUUCAGCCCUGUUCUUAUCCUCGCCACCGCUGAGACUUACUACUCAAAGCUGUCAGACGAGGUGAGAAGUAUAUUCCAGAGGACCUAUGGGGAGGUGGUAUCGCUGAGUCCUCCAGGAGAAGAGGAAAAGAGGAACUUCUUCUCCAACCUGCUUCUGGUUCAAGCUGCCAGACCUCCUCCACGCCUCAGGAAUACAGAGAGGUGUGAAGAGGUGCUGCCGGUAGCGGAGGCUCCGGGCCCCAGAGUCCUAUCAGCAGAGGAACAGCGCCGCCUGGCUGAGCAGGAGGAAAACACAUUACGGGAGCUCAGGCUCUUUCUCAGGGACGUGACCAAGCGCCUGGCCACCGACAAACGUUUUAACAUCUUCAGCAAGCCAGUCGACAUUGAGGAGGUGUCAGACUACCUGGAAGUGAUCAGGCAGCCCAUGGACCUAUCCACUGUCAUGACAAAGAUUGACACCUAUAAGUACUUGACAGUCAAGGACUUUCUGUUGGACAUUGACCUCAUCUGCAGUAAUGCUUUAGAAUAUAAUCCUGACAAGGAUCCUGGAGACAAGGUGAUCAGGCACCGAGCAUGCAGUUUAAAGGACACAGCUCAUGCUAUAUUUGCUGCCGAGCUGGACCCCGAGUUCGACCGCAUGUGCGAAGAGAUCAAGGAGGCGCGCAGAAAAAGAGACCUCCAGACGCCGGCUCAGCUGACUCCAGCUCCGGGCGCUGUGGCAACCAGAAAGCACCACAGUGCAGGAGAGGAGCAGGCCAGGAGCAGCACUCAGGGCGAGGCCACUGACAAACAGUGCACCACUAAUCACAUAAAGCGAAAGAUUCGCCGGCGACCAUCUUGGGGGCGGGGCAUCAUCCGUAAGAAGAAGAUCUACAAGAAAGGAAUGGAAGAGGAAGAGGAGGAGCCUGAGGCAGAGGUGGAAGCUGCCGGGCCCAGCGACUCGUGUUUGACGCAGGAUGAGGAAUCAUCUUGCGAUACUACCGGUCCUCAGCCCAACGGCCACCAUCCCCACCUCCCCUCCACAGAGGAGGAGAGCUCCAACGAGCCCCCUGUCGCAACUCCUGCUGCACCUACAAAUGCCAGUGAAGCCAGAGAGCCAACACCUGGGGAGGAGGAGUCCACAGCCAAAGAGGCAGAGAACACAGAGCAACACACUGAGCCACAUUGCCUUGGUGGCGGUUCUCAGCCCAGUGCAGACGGCGACGGUCAGGCCAAACAGGCUGACUUCCAGCCUUUGAUUGAAACGUCCGAGUCUUCAGAUGCUGAGGUCCAGCCUAAGCACACAGAGGGUCUCCUGGUUUCACAAGUGGACUGUGUGAAUGGAAAUGAGUCAAUGGACAGCCUGGACUCACAGAGCCUCAAGAAGAGCAGUGAGGCUGAGACAAGGACUCCUCAGAGCACGGCUGAGGGCUCUAGCAAGCCAGAACAGGAAGAGCACAAAGACAAAAAUGAGAACAAACCAACUCAGGAGCACCAUCCUCUGGAUGGGAGGGCAGAGACUGUUGAAGAAGCUCAAGAUAAAGAAGAUGGUUCCAAAGUGAGGAAAUGCAGGUGGAGCCCGUCAGAGCAGUUGAAGGACUCGGCUGAGAGGAUAGAGGAAGACCUGCACCCAGUCCCUCCCCAUCCUCCAGUAGUGGUCGACCACCAGCGACUUUUGGACAUACUGGAUAUGGUGGUGAAGAAGAGCGAGGGUUACAGCGUGGAGCAGCUGGAGAGACUCUACUCUCUUCUCAGCCAGUGUAUCUACCAGCACCGCAGAGAGUACGACAAGACUCAGCUACUGGAGGAGAUGGAGGAGAGAAUCCAGCAUUUUGAUACAUCCUGUGAGACGGAGGAGGGAAGACUAAUACCUAUUAUCAGGUAGAUCCUGGGACCACAAAGACACACAAACUGACUGAAGUGAGAGUGAAGGAGUCCAGUCCUCGACACAACAAAAGCCCACAAGGAAAAUGCCCUCCUCUGUCGUCUGGAGGGAAACGAGGGCAGAGACAUUCAAUGGUGCUAUCGUCUCAGGAAACCUGGCCGGAACCAGAUCCAUUCUACACAACCAAACUCCCCCGGAGGUGUGUCACGUCAACACAAACACAACAACAACAACAACACACCGACGGUGACGGGCAACCCUGGUGCUACACGGGUGCUAAUCCUGACCUUUUGUCCAUGCUGCUCUUUGGGAACACUUCUUCUUCUAACUCCGGAUGACUAGCAAAACCAACAGAUCGGGUGAUGUCUUAUCUUCUCUCCGGAGCAGGCGGUGCAUACACACUUUAAAAAAAAAACUCACACACACACAGAAUAGCAUCUCUUUCUUGGGUACACUCACUCAGAGCCUCACCAGCAGGAGUGUGGAUGCAGAGCGCUGCUAGGAGACGAUAUUACCACGCUGUUUUCGCGGCUCUUUUUUUGUUUCUUUUUAAGCCACUUGAUUAUUUAUUUUUUUUUUAACAUCUGAGCCACCCCAGUUUACAAAGAAGUUCCACCGCAGACACAAACCCCCGAUGAGGUUAGAAUCCAGUCACAGUGUUCGUCUCGGAGCGUAGCAUUAGCAUUAGCCCGCGGCGGUCAAUCUGUGAAACCCUCCUCGCUCGCUCGCCUCAAUUGUUUCGUCGACCUCCUCUUCCUCCUCUUCUUCUUCUUCACUACAUUUUCACAGUAUGAAUGUGUUCCCUCUCCGCUCAAGCUGUGCCCGCCAGUCUAUUAUUAUUAUUGAUAUUCAUUUUUUUCUUUUUCCUCCCCGAGUGAGGAACUGGAAGCAGUACAAAUCGGUCAGUAGUUUGCACUGCCUAGCGUGUGCCUUAUUUUAAAAACCUCAUAUGAUAUAUUUAGUAGGAUAUUUUGAUUUGUGAUAAUGAAACAGGCUCCAGGUUUUUGGGGGGUGGGUCUUUACCACUGAGGUCACCUUGAAGCAAAAAAAAGAAGAUAUAUCUAGACGCCAAUUCUAGACAUAUCUAGGUGAUGCAUCUCUACAAUAAAACUUUCCUUCCUGUCUCGGCAGAUGUGUGUGAAUAUUGUUACUGUAUUUAAAUGUGUUCAUGUCCUGUUAGAGCUGAGGUGAGAGGUCGACACCACCAGCCUUCCUUUCAGUUUUCAUAUGCAAAAACCCUCUGAAAACACCAAUAAUGCGAGUCAAAUGAUUUAUGGUGCCAAGUGUUACCCACUCCUUCAGAAGGUGCUGACAUUCGCCGGCGUUCUGUUUCCAACUACAUUAGCUGGUCAUAGCUAAAAAUCUGUAUUAUGUUGUGUAUUAUUUUUUACUUUUUUAUGAAAACGCUUUGCUGGAUUGUCUUCUUUUUACUUCUUGCAUGGGUUGUGAAUCCAUAAUGAACAAGGCCAUUCUAGGCAGUGCCCGUCACCUAAAGUGUACAAAGUGAUUAUUUUUCCUCCUCUUUUUAAAUGUGUGACUUUUUUUUUUUUUUUUUUUUUUUUUUUUACGGAUUUAUUUCUGUUUUCCUCGACACCAGACAAGAGAAGCUGGAUUCUCACUUGUGGCCAACAAACACACGAUAUGUUUUCUCCUAACUGUAG